AUGGCUGAUACUUCUGCCACUUUACCUCCGCCGCCGCAGCCUAAUGCUGGCGCGCCUGGAUUUGACAACCAGAAUGGCCAGGCCAAUCCUACCCACAUGCCGCCGCCGCCUCUUCACAUCCCGCCGAACACAAACCCUAUCCCUACAGCCAUCACCUCUCCUAUGUCUGCUGUUGACAAGGGAGGCGUCAUGUCUCCUAGUAGUGGAGGCCCAUUCCCGCGACGUGCGGCACCUGAGCCUAACAAGCGCGCCUUGUAUGUAGGUGGCCUUGACCCUCGCGUUACGGAAGAUGUCUUGCGCCAGAUUUUCGAAACCACCGGGCAUGUUCAGAAUGUCAAGAUAAUCCCAGACAAGAACCAAAAGGGAUAUAACUACGGUUUCGUCGAGUAUGAUGACCCUGGCGCGGCUGAGCGUGCUAUGCAGACGUUGAAUGGUCGACGUGUCCACCAAGCUGAGAUUAGAGUCAAUUGGGCCUAUCAGUCCAAUACUACCAACAAGGAGGACACAUCGAGCCACUUUCACAUCUUCGUCGGCGAUUUAUCUAACGAAGUCAACGAUGAAGUCCUGCUACAAGCCUUUUCGGCUUUUGGAACCAUCUCGGAAGCUCGUGUUAUGUGGGACAUGAAAACUGGACGUUCUCGCGGUUACGGCUUCGUUGCUUUCCGAGACCGUGCGGAUGCUGAGAAAGCCUUGAGUUCGAUGGAUGGAGAGUGGUUGGGUUCUCGUGCAAUUCGAUGCAACUGGGCCAACCAGAAAGGGCAGCCUUCAAUGGCUCAACAGCAGGCGAUGCAAGCUAUGGGCAUGACUCCUACUACCCCUUAUGGUCACCACCAUUUCCCUACCCAUGGAAUUCAGAGCUACGACAUGAUUGUCAACCAGACGCCGGCUUGGCAGACUACCUGCUAUGUCGGUAACUUGACCCCCUACACCACUCAGAAUGACGUCGUCCCCCUCUUCCAAAAUUUUGGCUAUGUCACCGAAUCCCGAUUCCAAGCUGAUCGAGGCUUUGCAUUCAUCAAGAUGGACACCCACGAGAAUGCUGCUAUGGCUAUCUGCCAAUUAAACGGAUACAAUGUCAAUGGACGACCUCUGAAGUGCAGCUGGGGUAAAGACAAGACCCCUAAUGCCCAGGGAAGUUUCGAUCCUUCGCAACAAGCAUUUAGCCCUCAAAGUGCCCAGGCGUCUGCGUACCCAGGCACCCCCUCGACCUUCUUCCCGCAAUAUGGAGCAGGUCAGUAUGGUGGUCAGCAGCAACCCUACGGUGGACCGCCAGCUCAGUCGCCUGCUGGUUAUGGAGCGCAGCCUAUGGGCUAUGGCGGUCCGCCGAGUGCUGGAGGUUACGGCCGCGGUCAGCAGCCGCCUAACCAGCCGUGGACGCAGCCGCCACCUGCUCAGAGUUUCAAUAGUGGAUAUCCUGGAUACCAGGGUUAG